GUGGAGCUUUGUGCCAAUUGUUAGAUCUACACAGAAGUUCGGAAAAAAACGGAGGAAAGUUACUCAUUCGCCUGAUCCCGCUCGUGAGUCCACAGGAGGGACUCUCGUGCAGAGCCAGCUUGACAAACACACAGGGAGGUGCCAACAGCCACGGACAGGACAGGCAGGCGCUGCAGGGCUGCCUCUGAGCACGGUCCUGGGUGCCCGCUGAAGCACUCUAAGGAUCAAGCAUUUGCCUUCUGUUGCCUGCACCUGCCAGGGUCCUGUGUUAGGAGGGAGGGGAAGAGAAAAGGAAUCAGGAGACAGGAGGACACAAGGUCAUAUUGAAACUUUACUCCAAGGCAACUUCUAGCACCUUCACUUUAAGAGACUGCCAGAGGAGACCCCAAAGUCUGAAGAACAAUGGCCCUUUGUGGAAUAUGAAGUGUACCUAUGGCUGCAUGGUUUUCUCUCUCUGACGGUGGAGAGCUGAGCAUGGCCCUGGGUCCUCAGAAAGCCAACUGAUCCAACUCACCAUGCAUCAACUUUUCAGAUUGGUUUUGGGACAAAAAGAUCUCUCAAGAGCUGGGGACCUCUUCUCUUUAGAUGACGCUGAGAUUGAGGACAGCCUGACAGAAGCUUUGGAACAGAUUAAAGUCAUUAGCUCAUCUUUGGAUUACCAAACUAAUAAUAAUGACCAGGCAGUGGUUGAAAUCUGUAUCACAAGGAUCACAACAGCCAUCAGAGAGACGGAAUCUAUUGAAAAGCAUGCCAGGGCCCUGGUGGGACUGUGGGAUUCCUGCUUGGAACACAACCUGAGACCUGCAGGGAAAGACGAAGAUACUCCACAUGCGAAAAUCGCGUCUGACAUCAUGAGCUGCAUCUUGCAGAAUUACAACCGGACCCCUGUGAUGGUACUAGCCGUCCCCAUCGCAGUGAAAUUCCUCCACAGAGGUAACAAGGAGCUGUGUAGGAACAUGUCCAACUACCUAUCCCUGGCUGCCAUCACCAAGGCCGAUCUCCUGGCUGAUCACAUCGAAGGGAUAAUAAAGAGCAUACUCCAAGGAAAUGCCAUGCUGUUGAGGGUGCUACCUGCUGUGUAUGAAAAGCAGCCCCAACCAAUCAACAGACACCUGGCAGAACUCCUGGCCUUGAUGUCUCAAUUGGAGCAGACAGAGCAGUACCAUCUACUACGGCUUUUGCAUGUGGCAGCAAAGAGGAAAGAUGUGGAGGUGGUUCAGAAAUGUGUUCCUUUCCUGAUCAGGCAUUUGAAGGAUUCAACCCACAAUGACUACAUCCUAAACAUCCUCAUAGAAAUAGCAGGCUGUGAGCCACUGGCUUUGAGCAGCUUUCUACCAAUGCUGAAGGAGAUUGGGGAGAGAGUCCCCUACCUCACUGGACAAAUAGCAAGGAUCUUUGGUGCUGUUGGACAUGUGGAUGAAGAAAGAGCCAGGAGCUGCUUACGAUACCUGGUGAGCCAGCUGGCUAACAUGGAGCACUCAUUUCACCAUAUUCUCCUGCUGGAAAUCAAGAGCAUCACUGAUGCCUUCUCCUCCAUCCUGGGCCCUCACAGCAGGGACAUCUUCCGAAUGAGCAACAGCUUCACCAACAUUGCCAAGCUGCUUUCCCGGCGACUGGAAAGCGGCACGGCUGGGAAUGGCAGGAGAAAAACCAGCGCUGAAGUUGGCUUUCCUGAGAAACUGGGAGAAGCCAAGACCAUGACAGAGGAGCCUGAAAGUGAAGACCAUGAAAAACUCCAAGUUAAAAUCCAAGCCUUUGAAGACAAAAUACGCACUGAGAGCAACACCCCUGGUUCUGUCCGCAGAUACAGCUUAGACCAAAUCUCUAAGGAAGAACAAAGACACAUUCGGUUUAGCAGGUCCAGGAGUUUGGCUUUGAAUACUGUGCUCACAAAUGCAGUGAGAGCAGGAGAUGGGGAAGCUGAAGAAAGGGCAGGAAUACAUGCCAGCAUCUCUCUUUCAGAAAUAGACCCUCUUAGCCACGGAACUGGCAAGUUGCCCCUUAAGAUAGAUGCCCAUGGAUCACAGCUGAGAAAUUCCUCAGCUUCACACCCAAGUAUUGUACAUGUAGAAUCAGAGAAUAUGCCUGAAACUGUUAAAGAAAACAUCCAGGAAGACAUUCCAGAGACAGCCACAAGUCCCAUUGAAUACCAAGAUAAGCUGUACUUGCAUUUAAAGGAAAACCUCAGUGAAGUGAAGGCUUAUGCCACAGAAAUCGCAAAAAAGGUCCCAGUUCCAGACCAGUGCACCAUUGAAGAUACCAUGAGAAGUUGUGUGGCAAAGCUGUUCUUUACCUGUUCCUUAAAGGGUCAUUACUGCCUGUACAGCAAGUCCAGUUUCAUCCUCAUCAGCCAAGCACCCCAGCCAUGGAUCCAGAUCAUGUUCCUCUUCCAACAGAGCCUAUUUCCUGAGCCUCUGUCCAUUCAGAGUGGGUCUGUGCAGUUCCUCAAAGCCCUGUGGGAGAAGACGCAGGCCAGCGGAACCCACAGCUUUGAAGAUGCCAUGACAGAGUCCACAUUUCCACAGCAGAAGGAUCUGGAGCAAGUUCAGCUCCAUCUGGAAGAAGUGAGGUUCUUUGACGUGUUUGGCUUCAGUGAAACAGCAGGGGCAUGGCAAUGCUUCAUGUGCAACAACCCUGAAAAGGCAACCGUUGUGAAUCAAGAUGGCCAGCCUCUCAUUGAAGGAAAACUUAAAGAGAAACAAGUCAGAUGGAAGUUCAUUAAGAGGUGGAAAACACGUUAUUUUACAUUGGCUGGAAACCAACUUCUGUUUCAAAAAGGAAAAUCUAAAGAUGAUCCUGACGACUCCCCAAUAGAACUCAGCAAAGUACAGAGUGUGAAAGCUGUGGCUAAGAAACGCCGGGAUCGCUCUCUCCCUCGGGCUUUUGAGAUCUUCACAGACAAUAAGACUUAUGUUUUCAAAGCCAAGGACGAGAAGAAUGCCGAAGAGUGGCUGCAGUGCAUCAAUGUGGCGCUUGCCCAGGCAAAAGAGAGGGAAAGUAGAGAAGUGACCACAUAUCUGUAGAAAUAUGGACGCCGCCUCUUAGGACUGUGUGUGAUCAGCAACGCCAAUGUCAACAGAAAGAGAAAUCCACCACAGCAUACUGGGUUUCACUGAAUACCAGUGAAACCAUUAUCCCUAAGGAGGGUCUAAAAUGACAGGGUUCUCAUUCCCAUACCCUCACAACUCUUGUAUUAACUCCAAGAUGUCGUCCUAAAGUGCGUGAGAAAGAGAAGCCAUAGAGUUCGUAUCGGAGAGUGUAGGGGCCUAGGAAGGGAAAGUUAUGAAUGAAGGAACUUCUGUAGCUAUGUGAUUGGUGACUGUAAGAAAACAGUGAAUGGGGUCAGUGAGAAGGCUCAGCAGGUAAAAGGCACUUGCUGCCAAGCAUGAUGGACUGAGUUCUAUCCCCGUCUGCUCCACAUACCACGGCACAUUCAUGCCCCCAGUAAGUAAGUAAGUAAGUAAGUAAGUAAGUAAGUAAGUAAGUAAAUGGAAUUUUAGAAACAGAUGCCUGAAAGAUCUACCUUGAAAGAAAACUAUCACAUUAAAAACAUAUUUUUAAAAAACUAUUAGGAAAAGUUGAACUAAUGUACACUGAAAAAAACCAAUAAUUUAAACUGGGAAGAGGUAGCACACACCUUGAAUCCCAGCACUUGCGAUGUAGAGGCAGGCAGACCUCUGUGAGUUUGAAGCCAGCCUGGUCUACAGAGCAAGUCCCGGGACAGCCAGGGCUACACAAAGAAACCCUGUUCCAAAAAACAAAAACAAACAAACAAAAAAUUGACUUUAAUAUAUUAGUUACCUUUCUGCUGUGAUAAAACACUCUGACAUAAGCAAUUUACGGGAGAAAGGAUUUAUUUUGGUUUAUGAUCCCAGAGGCAUAGAGUCUAUGCUUACAGGGAACAUGUGGUAACAGGCAGAGAAAACAUGGCAGCAGGAACAGGAAGCUGGCUUAUUUUCAUUCUUGGAGGGGAAGCAGAGAGAGCUGGGAAAAGGGUAAGGCUAUAAAGCCACAAAACCCACCUCCACUGAUGCACUUCCUCUACCAAGGCUCCACCUCCCAAGGGUUCUAUAACCUCCUGAAACAGCACUACCAACUUGGGACCCAGCAUUCAAAUACCUGAGCCUAUGGGGGUAAUUUACUAUUUAAACUGCCACAUUGUGUUUCUCUUCUCAAUACAAAAGAUGCUAACACAUAAUACGAUGAUUCUUCAUCCAAUUACAUAAUUAAAUUCAGGCUUUAAUUGGAGUGUACUUGGGGUUUCCUGUUUAGAACCAUAGUUACAUAUACUAUCUAAGGCAGUAAGUAUAGACAGAAUAAGCACAGAUGCCUUUCUAAUGUACAUCACUUCCCUUAAAUGAAGGUUUUUUUAAUUAAAAUUCUGUUUUUCUUUUCAUAGUAAGCCUUGUCCAAAUUAUAAGCAUGUAUUGUUUUUUCCCAUUAUCCAUAUAUACUUUUGAAUUAAGCCAUCAUAGGCACCUUAGGUGACUUCCAGUGACCCAUGCCCUGGAAAAAUGUUCUACCCCUCGAGUGGUGCAGUGUGGGACCUGAAGCUUUCUAACUUACAUAAUAGGACAAGGUGAUAGGAUAGUCUCUCCUAUAAUUGUGUUACAUUUCAACAGACCUCUGACCCUGAGAGCCUCUCCGGAUCUAGCCCAGCCACCACUGCGGUAGCAGCCGUGAGUAACUUACGUACUCUCUAGCCCAACCACCACCUUGAUGGUAGCCAUGACAUACUCUGAUCGGAGGUACCAGGCAAGGUGGAUGCUUGCCCCACAGAAAUUGUGCAAUAAUAACUAUAUUCUGCUUUAAAUUCAAACCAUGUGGUGAUUUGUUAUGCACUGAUUAAUUCAUAUAAAACCCUCCUGGUAAUAUAUCAAAGAUAACUUUUUUCUGUAAAGAUGAUUUAUUAUGUAUUUUAGUAUAGUAAGUUGUCACUGUACUGACAUUACUGUUAACUCACUAGCAUAAGAAAUAUAAAAGGGGUCAUACUUGAGCAAAGAAACUUAAUUCAAUUUUAACAUGUAAAGUUUGAGGAGAUUAUGAGCCUCAGGAGUUAUUACACAUUGUAAAUAGAGUUCAAGAGGUCAAAAUUUGGGUCCACUGCAUAUGUAAGUAAUUGUGAAAGAUGCAGAAUUGACUGAAAUUACUGAAGGAGAAUAAGAAAUGGGGGAAUUGAUGAGGACCCCUUGGGAUACCAAUAUCUAGGCAAUGGCAGGUUAUAGCUGAUCAGUAUUCAGAGAAGAUGUAGCCCAGGAGACAUGAUAUUACAAAAACUAAAUUAAGAAGGAUUUUCAGGAUGUCAACAAUUUGAAGUCCUGAAGACAAAGCUUGACUUUCGUAAUUAGGAAGCAAUUGAUGUCACUGAUAAGAAGAAUUUCAUUGGAAUGGUGGAGUAAAAGUUAACUUUCAAUGUGUUGUAGUAAUUGACUGUCGUAUUUCAUUUUUUUUAAAAGGUGGGGUUAAGGUGAAAGAGCAAGGAUAGAUAAAUGAUUUCUUAUUUUGUUUUUAGGUGAAGUCAUCUUAAGAGGGAAAACAGUUUAAUAAAUGUAGACAAGGGAAGACAAGGGCAAAGUUGCUAGAUGUGAUAGAGAAUAAUUUUUCAAGUUCUGUAUCGAGGAGCCAGGGAAAUGUCUUAGUCAUAAGGGAGCUUGCCACGAGGUCAAAUCCCCAGCACAUACAUGAGAAGCCCAGCAUUGUUUUGGGGGCCUAUAACCCCGCACUGAGAGUUGGAGACACAUGAAUCCCAAGGGCUCUUUGGCCUGCCAGUUCAGCUGAAAUGGUAGGUGUCUGGCUCAGUGAGAAACCCUGUAUGGUGGUUUAGAUGAGAAUGGCCCCAAUAGGCUUAUAUAUUUGACUACUUAGUCCCCAGUUGGUGGAACUAUUUGUGAAGGAUUAGGAGGUGUGGCCUUGUUGGAGGAAGUGUGCUACUGGGAAUGGGCUUUGAGGUUUCAAAAGCCCAAGCCAUUUCAAGUUAGCCCUCCCUCCACACUCUGUCACAUGGCUGUUGUCACAGAUGUGAGUUCUCAACUACUGCUCCAGCACCAUGCCUGACUCCUGCCAUGCUCUCUGCCAUUUUGGAAAUGUAUUCACCCUCUGAAACUGUAAGUCCCCAAUAAACUCUUCUAGAGUUGCCUUGGUCUUGGGUGUUCAGUCACAGCAAUAGAGAAGUAACUAAGACCCUGUCUCAAGGUGAAAAGGCAAAGAACUGUAGAGGAAGAUACCUGACAUCCUGCUCUAACCUCCAUAUUCAUGAGCACUCAGAUACUCACAUGCAUGUACUAUAUACAUGAAACACACACACUACAUACAAGCACAUGUGCACAAUCUGUAUUAAGCAACAAUUUACUGAGUACUUGCUAAGCAACAGAGACCAUACGUGGCCUGAAGAUUCCAAAAUAAGAUAACCUCUAUGCCACCCACCCCCAGGCCUCAACUAGAUUUUUAUUGAAAGCAGAAGCACAGAGUAAAGCACAUGAAGAGACUGACUCCCCCAUUGGAGGAAUUCAUAGGUGCUUUUUUUCCUGGUGUAUUUAAAAUCAAUUACACUGGGGUAGGGAGUAUUUCUUUCUCCAAGAAGUUUAAUGUAUAGUGAAAGAGAGAGAGACAUACAACAAAAAUUUACAUGCUUUAUGUCUAGUGCCUUGGUGAAGUUAUGCACACAGUCCUAUGGAAGCAGAGGAGAUGACAGCAUUCUAAUGCACUCCCUCACCGUUUCCCUGAGCUUAUUGAACUAAUAGUAACAAUAUGGAUAAACAAAGAGCAAAAUAGCAGGACAGGGAACUGCCCUGCAAAUGUAAAGGAGCACCCAGUCCAUUCCGGAAAGGGAGAUGUUUAAGAUGGUAUAGCACCAUUACAAGGUGUUAAGCAGGUUCACAUUUAGAAAGGUAACCUUCAUGGUAGUACAGAUAAUGGAAUGCAUAUCAGAAAUUGGAGCAAAGUCUGUAGGACAUAGUAGCGUAGUGGCAGAGUAAAUUCCUACUAUGCAUGAAGUCCUAGGUUCAAUCCCCCAAACUGCAUAGAAAACAAACAAACAAACAAAUCCUACAAUAACAGGUGGAAGGCUCUUCUAAGGUGGUGAGGGCCGGAAGUGAUGCAGGAGUAGACACAACAGAGAGAAAUGAUACAACUGUGUGGAUGUGGUUCGGGGGGUUCCUCAAGGGUUCACAUAGGAAUCUUGCUCUCAGAUGGAGAUGUUGGGAGUGGGUGAGGCCUAGUGAGGAGAAAUUAGGACAUGGAGGGAGCUGUUCCUGGAAGGGAUUGAUAUAGAUGAACUCUGGCUAGUUCUUGAGAAAGGACUGUUUAAAAAAAAAAAAAAAAAAAAAAGCACACCUGGCCCUUCCCCAGCCACACUGGCUUCCGGUUUUGCCAGAUGAUCUCUCCUUCUUGUACAUGCUGUCAUCAUUCGGAUUUCAUCUGCUACGAUGUCUCUUUAGAGUCAAGCCCAGGCCAGUGUCAUGUCCUUGAGCCUAAAGAACUAUGAUUUAAAGACACCUCUAUUUUUUGCAGAGUUAGCAAGACUCAGAUAUUUUGUUGCACUCAUGGGAAACAGACUAAGGCAGGUGGUCAGGCAGGAGAAUUAGUAAAAUUCAGAAUUACUAAGAUGGAUGAGGACUGGUGGCUGGCCGGAGCUGGAGGACAGGGAUGGAAAAGAAUGAAUAUACCCAUUCCUAGGGACUUACCUAGGAGACUGUGUGAUUGAUGAUGAUAUUCUCUGAGAUUAAAAAAAAAAAACAUAGAAACA